AUGUGCGACACUUCAUCAAUGCUUAUCUGCUCAGUCACCUCACCGUUAUCCUCGGACAAAUCUGAUGUUAGCCAAAUUCUGUCAACUUCAUCUACUGCCAUGCCAAUGUGGGGUUGUGAUUUUGAAAACUGCACCAAACCAUCGGUUCGCACAUAUGGACAAUGCAUCAUCUGUGAUCGCCAUCUCUGCGCCAAACAUCUUGGCUCACAAUAUCAUAAAUGCCCUACUUGGGAAGACGCAGAGCUAUAUGACGCAAUUGCUCAAAAAGCAGAGCAGAAAGAGAUCACAAAACUCUUAUCUAAAAUCAACAUCCCAGCACUCCUUACUCGAGCAAGCCAUUUGCGCAAUGGUAUUCCCUGCUCUUUACCACAGUCGCUCCAGUAUGAUCAUGCAAAGCGUACCUCGGUGAUGGGCGGCAUGAAUUAUCAUAUUGAAAUCCAGUUUGAAGACGGAGUCAGCUGGCUGGCGCGCAUUCGAAGAUUCAAUGCCAUGUCACCGCCGCCAGAUCUUCGACGCUACAUUAUGCGAAGCGAAGUUGCAACGCUUCAGUUUCUAAGCAAGACAAACGUCCCUUCUCCGAGAGUGUUUGAUUAUAGCUUUGAGACUGCGAGUGCUAUCGGCGUCGAGUACAUCCUUAUGGAGAAAUUGCCUGGAAAGUCGCUACAAUGGUCUCUAACAACUCCAGAACAGAGAAAGAAGAUUAUCAGCCAGCUAGCAGACAUUUACAUCAAACUCAAAGCAUUUCCGUUCGACUUCAUGGGCUCUCUGGACCAGCCUGGCACUGACCACGUGGGGCCUUCUGCAAGAGAAUCAUUAACAGACUAUGUGGACUCACAGAUGCAUCCCCUUGGCCCUUUCACUUCUCGCAAAGAAUACAUCAUCUCGAGCAUACAAUUAACGCUAGAUCUCAUCAUCAGGGGAGAGGCAUAUGCUGAUAGAGCAAUUGAUGCAUUCCUAAUCCAUUGCUUCCUCUUGGAUGCCGUUUCCAGAAUUCCACCUGCGGAAGCUAAAACUAACCAGUUCUAUUUGAAGCAUGCAGACGACAAAGGCGACCAUAUCCUCGUUGACGAUGAUUACAAUAUCACUGGAGUUAUUGACUGGGAAUGGGACAUACAGAUGCAAAAGCUGCAGCUUUCAAUUCUCCGGUUAUGCUUCUCCCUGUUGCUGAUUUCUAUGAUGGGAUCAACCACCCCGGGGGGGAUGAACUGGUAUCAGCGCAAUCCUUUGAGGAUAAAGGUCAUCCUGAUCUCGCCGAAGCUGUGAGAAAUGGGAGGAUCCUUCACCGGUUUGAAUUCUGCUGUGGGUACGACCUUGCUGAUUGGAAGGGUUUCCUCGGCCUCUUUCAGGGCCUCCGGAAAGCCAUUGAUGUUGAUGGGGAUCUGGAAUGGGAUGCUUGGAAAGAAAAGGCGCUGCAGACGUACAGUAAUGACGCUCUCCUCAGGGAGUUGAUGAAGCGGGAUCAUGUUUGAUAAAGCAGUAUCCCUCUCCCAUAUGCUAUGUAAGUAGAGCUUGCUAAGAAUCUAGCAUGUAUGGCUAUAGGG